AUGGGCGAGCGCGUGGUGCGGCGCCGCCUGGAAUCGCCACUGGUCUCAGUGCUGGACGCCGGCGUGGCAUCGGGUUUGGUGGUGAAGGACGCGGAGAACAACAUCUACACCGGCUUCCUGCAGUGGAAGAACGUCAUGGACUCGAGCUGCCAGUUCGAGUCCAUGAACAGCAACCGAGCCGUGAACGAGGAUGUGGUGGAGGCCCGGGUGAGCGACAACCUGCGGGAGCUGGCGGAGAACCAGAGGUUCCGCGACUUCGGGCAGAUCAACCUGCUGGUGCUCUUGAACGACCCGGGCCACGUCUUCUACGUGAUGGAUGGGCAGCAUCGCUGCAAGGUCAUGGACCGGUUGCACCGAAAGACCGGGAAGGACAUCAAGUUCCAGUUCCGGGCCAAGGUGGUGGCUGAUGAGGCAGAGGCGCAUCAGGAGCUGAUGCAUUUCCAGAACUGCUACGUGUCGGAUCCCCGGGCCUUCUUCUCGGGCAAGCGGAGCCGCGCGACGGCCACCGCGGUGCUGGCGCGGCUGCGGGGCCGCUUCACCGCCGCCGAGCUCUGGGUGCCCAUCGUCACCACGCGGGCGGGGAAGCGCACGGGGGACCCGGGCAGGCCACGGCUCAACGACUUCUUGGUCUUCUGGCUGCUGAAGGACGCCGGGCUGGCAGAGAAGUCGGAGGAGGAGGCGCUGCAAGCGCUGCUGAAGAUGAACCGUCUGCUGCAGGGCUUCGACGCCGGCGAUCGCGCCAAGCUGGGCAAGGGUGUCACCGACAACAUGAUCCGUUCCGCCACUCGCUGGGGCUGCUUCCUGGGCUUCUUCAGAGAGGAUCAGCUACGAUGGGCCGAGCUGAGGGAAUUGCUGGAUGCGCCCCAAGGGGCCGCGCAAGGUGCGGAAGAUGCACGAAAUGCGGCAACAUGCGUGGUGUGCAUGGACGCAGCCCGCAAGGUGCUGCUGCGGCCCUGCCGCCACUUCUGCGUUUGCUCGACCUGCGCGCCGGGCCUCGAGCAGUGCCCCGUGUGCAACGGGCCGGUGGAGAGCCGGGAAGACCUCUACGUGCAGUUCUUGGAGUCGCGGGAAUCGAUGAACGAAGAGCUGGUCAGCAUCAUUGAUCGAAUCUACCAGGUGCCCCACGAAGUGAUGGACAAUAUCAAGAGGAAGCUCCGAGAGUCCUUCGCCCCUGGCACAGACAAGUGGAACGAGCAGGUUGCGAUUAUCGUGGAGAGCAUCGCGAAAAUCGGCGAUAAGGCACAGGACAAUCGCCCAGACAGUCAGCGUGUUCGAAAAGCACGGGCAGAGCAGCCUGCGGACUCAUCCCAAGUGGAUUUGGAGAGCAGGUGCAAGUGGUACACAGGAACCCUCCACCUGAUGGCGAGGAAGAUGUGGGACGACAGGUCUGACAAAGACUCGAAGCAGGACAACAUGAUCCAGGAAAUCACCAAGCUGGUGAACCGUAGCCUUGAAGAGUUCGAGGAGAUGGAGCCGGAGUUGGAGCACCGACUUUCUGGAACCAGCAGCCUCGAGGCAUUCAUCAAGAAGGCCGUGGGCAAGAAUGCCUGGCUGGCCCCAAAGGUGCGGGAAUUGGUCGAAAAGAAGGCGCAAGCUCCCAUUGAGACGCUGAGCGAGAGCUACCUGAGCGAGACAGAGGCAUGGAAAGACUUACAUCAAGAACUAGAGCGUUUGCUGGAGAUUAAAGAGGAAGGUCCCGACGCCUCCGCUCUGGUCAAGCCGGGUGAGAGGAGCCUUGGCAGAGUUUCCAUGGACAGUAUGGUGCGCAUGCACCUCACGCACACAUGCCCCGUCUGCAUGCCCGCCUCCGGCCCGCUGAAUCUUUCAGGUGUGCCGGUGAAUCCUGAUGAUGUCCAGGCCCUUCUUGUCUCAAGUGCGAUGAGCGACUCGGAGAAGGAGAAUGUCGCUCGCUGCUUGCAGCACCUGGAAACCUUGCUGCGCAACCUGGAUGGUGAUUGGUGCGUGCGUCCCUUUGGAAGCAGUGCCAACGGCUUCGCCAUCAAAGACUCGGAUCUCGACGUCACCUGCUUCAGGCCCCGCGCCGGCCAGGACAGUCUUGCAAUAUAUGAGUUGAAAAGCAAGCUCAUGCCGUUGAUUGAACGGGAUGAUAAAUUUACGCUGGUAGAAGCAAUCUGGUCAGCUCGCGUGCCUAUCCUGAAGAUGAAGUUUCUGGACGAGGGCAGAACGUUGGAGGUGGAUCUGUCAUGUCAGAACCAAGAAGCUUUGCUGAACACAGAGCUCUUAAAAGCAUAUGCUAAGAUGCAUCCACUGGUCCGGCAGAUCGUGGUCCUAGUGAAGCAGUGGACUAGAGCCCUUGGACUGGUGGGCGCCAAAGCAGGGCACUUGUCCUCCUACUCCUGGACUCUGAUGGUGAUCUAUUUUCUCCAAGUGCAUCCGGAGACGCAGCUGCCGUGCUUGCCGACUUUGUAUUUUCAACAAGGCGCCACGGCAGCUGAGUCUCAGGCGCGCUGGAGCUGCAACCUUCUGCCGCACCAGCUGCUGGCGCGAUUCCUGUCUUUCUAUGCCUUUGACUUCCAGUGGGGAGCUGAGGUGGUGUCGGUCCGGCUGGGACGAAGGCUGGGCCCGGAGGAGGCUGCCUUCGAAUUCGCGCAGUUGCCUGGGCUUGAGGUCAUGCGGAUGCAGGUUGAAGAUCCAUUCCUGCUUGGCAGAAACCUCAAUUGCGUGCUGGGCUUCGUGCAGGAGCAGCAGAUGCAGCAGGAGCUGAGCCAGGCGGCCUGGGUCAUGCACCACGGGCUGCUGCCCCAGGGCUUCGGAGGCCUGAUCAUCAAAGCAGCCAUCGAUGGCGGCUUCAAACCCCCGAAGCCAGCGCAACAGCACUCGGACAGUGAGGCUAGCACCGCAGUGCCUCCUGAGACCAGAGUCAGCGACAGUGAGCUGGAGGUUGACCAGGAGCGCAAGGUGGCGCAGGAGAUUCUCGCGCCGUGCCCGGAAUCCAUGCCGCUUCCCAACAUGGUGAUCUUCACGCUUUGA